AUGCCGCUCACCAUCCAAGCUGAAAGUCAUGCCCACCCGUUGACCCUCGUGCGGAGAUCUGUCUCUUUCACCUGCGAUGCUUGUGGAAAAGAAGGCAAAGGCAUGUUCUACUUAUGUGCUGUCUGCCCAUUCUUGGUCCACCUAGAAUGUGCUUCCUUCCCAUUGACUGUCAAACAUAUCCGUCACACCCACCCUCUCAACCUCACCAACUCUCUUGAGGUUCAUCAAUUUCAAUCCGACCAUAGACUUUGCGAACUCUGUGUUAAAAUUGUAGACAUAGACUACAUGCUUUAUUAUUGCUCAGCUUGUGAUUACGUUAACCAUCUUCAUUGUGCUACAAAUAAGCAACUUGAAGAUACGGAGGUGGGGCUUGAUGAAACCAUUGAUUCCUUUCCUUAUGUUGUCUUGAAAUCCAAAGUGGGAGAGGACAAAAUGGAAAAAGCCGUGGAAAUCAAACAUUUUAGUCAUGAGCAUGACUUAGAGCUUAUUGAUGAGCAACUUGAGAAUAAAGAAAAAUGUGAUGCAUGUGUGUCGUCUAUCUCCCUUCCCUUUUAUAGUUGUGUUCAAUGCAGAUUCUUUCUUCACAAAUCUUGUGUUGAAUUACCCAAAAAAAAGUCACACUCACUUCAUCGACAUACCCUCAUUCUCCUCCCAGAGAGACCUAAUGCUAGGUCAUUUGACUGUGAUGCUUGUAACCGCACUUGUAAUGGCUUCACCUACUGUUGUGACAAAUGUGAUUUCGACCUUGAUGUCCAUUGUAGUUUGAUACCUGACAAAAUUAACCAUGAUGGUCAUGAGCACCAACUUAUUCUCUCCAGCAAAUAUACAUCAUAUUUAGAUAAGUGCAGCUCUUGUGAUUUUAACAGAAAGGUAUUGUUUCGUUGUGCUGAUUGUGAAUUUACUCUGGAUUUCAAAUGCGCUACAUUGCCUCGUACCAUAAGAUACGGACCGUACGAACAGUCGUUCGUACUUUGUUAUAAAGAUGAAGAUAGUUCUAGUAAUGAAUAUUUUUGUGAUAUUUGUGAAGAAGAGCGGGAUCCGAAGAAGUGGUUCUACUAUUGUGCAGACCUCAAUUUUUCUGCUCAUCCCGAUUGCAUUCUUGGAGAACUUUCAUAUGUCAAGUCUAUGAGGCAUGAACAUCCCCUCAAAUUGGUUGACAAGAGCAAGGUCGCCGAUCGUCUAUGUGAUGAAUGUGGUAGUCUUUGUUAUGGCUUGACUUAUAAAUGUAUCAAUUGUAAUUUCAAUCUUCACAAGUGGUGCAUUCACAAGACUACAGAACAAACAAGACUGGCGAAGUUUGCCGGACAUGCAUGA